AACUUGACAACUGAGAGUAAAAAUCUGUCCUUUUUUUUUGGUGCCAAUUUCAUGCCUAUUAUAGGAGUGGGAGUGUGUGUGCUCCAACAAGUCUUGUCUCUCCUGCAAGGACGUCAUUUGUUUUUCCUCCCAAGUGAGACACCCAGAGGUGAUGCUGGCUUUUGCAGCUCCCGCAAAUAAAAGCAGCCAGCCUACCAGUCCGACAAAACAGGUCGCGCUUGUGCAAUGUCACGGGAAGGCUGCUUGCUCCAACAGGAAUCUGCACGGAGCCACAAUGUGAGGAAUUACCAAAGAAGAUCUUUGGAAAGCUCCGAAACCUGGAUACAGUAUUUCCAUUUGGGAUAACGACAAUGAAUCCCUGUCAAAGUGAAUGCAAUCUGGGAUUUUAUGGAUUUCCCACUGUAAUAAAGAACCUUCUCAGCCUUAAAGAACGACAUCAGACCUGAAGAUCGGGACAAAUGUUGGCAAUGCAGCGUCACAACGCCUCGGGCAUUUUUGCCUCUCCGCCCCCCUCGAAUGACAGCGCGAUUGUGCAUAAGCAAGAAGUGGGACCCGUGUUCCGUAAUUCCACCCGGCCGCAAAUUAAUCCGACAGCUGCCGGCAUCACCAUGACGCUUGGAAUUGUGUUCAACAUUGUGGCGCUUAUUAUUCUUGCCAAAGCCUACGCCCGCUUUCGGCGCAGGUCGAAGGCCACCUUUCUUCUCUUUGCCAGCUCUUUGGUGGCGACUGAUCUGGCUGGCCACGUCAUCAACGGGGCCUUGGUGCUAAGAAGAUACUCGGAAGGGAUUGCCAACCUGGCUGACCCACCCUCUACCUCUCGAGGAGAUCUCCUAACUGAUCCAGAUGUCCAGUGUCUGUUUUUGGGGUGUUGCAUGGUGUUCUUCGGCCUGUGCCCCCUCUUCCUCGGCUGCGCUAUGGCCGCUGAGCGAUGCUUGGGCGUCUCCAGGCCUCUGCUGCACGCUCGUUUGGUCACAAACGCACGGACGAAGAUGACAUUAGCUCUCAUCUGGCUGUUGGCAUUAAGUGUCGCCCUGCUGCCCUUUUUCAAGUUGGGAGCCUACACUUAUCAGUACCCGGGCACGUGGUGCUUCAUCAGGGUGAUGGAGGGCACCGGAGCCUCAGAUCUGGCCUUUGUGACACUGUUCUCUGGACUGGCAAUAAGCUCACUUGCCAUAGCCUUAGUGUGUAACACCAUCAGCGGGAUCACCCUCGUCAGAGCAAGGCUAAGGAAGAAGUCCAGCUCCCAGCGCACCUCGGCCCGGUCCCACGACACCGAGAUGGUCGUCCAGCUGCUCGGCAUCAUGGUCGCCUCGUGCAUCUGCUGGAGCCCUCUGCUGGUCGUUGGACUGAUGUCAGCCACCCGGUCCUACAGCGGCUCCCUCGCCCCCCCCGACAGGGACACUUACAGGGCCUUAAUGGUAAUGGGUGUCAGGAUGGCUACGUGUAACCAAAUCCUGGACCCGUGGGUCUACAUCUUGCUGCGGCGUGCCAUCCUCAAGAAGAUCUACAGGAUUACUAAGAGGCAAGCCAGUUUGAGGGGAAGCAUGCUUCGCUCUUUCCGCUGGGAUGUCAGCUCCUUUCAGAACUCCGAAAAAAACAAUGUUAAGGUUUAAGAGAGUGACAUCGUGCCAUCUGCUAUUUAACAUCAACCCUUGGCCUGUUCGUCUUGGUUAAGGCUUGAUACUCCAAAUGGCUUAAAAAAAGAAAACAACUCAUGAUGCAUGCUUGUUUUUGUUUGUUUUAGCCCGCUAAGGUGAAAAAGGACCUAAUCUGUAACAAACUGGACAGGGUUUUUUUUUCUACUUUGUGAAUGUAAAAUCAACAUGUUUGCGUUGGCGCUUGUCCUCUGUGAGAACAAAAUCAAAUUCAAGAUUAUUUGUUGAAGUAGACCAUGUGUCACAAAUGAGAAGACUACUCCACAAAGUCUGAAUGAAAAUGAUAAUAUGAAAAUAAUGUGAAUUGUAAACAUGUUAAAUGAAAUGCUCAACGACAAAAGCAAAACACUUUAAUUUUACCUCAUUUUGAAGACGUGAAUGUGUGGGGGAAAAAUGUAUGUUUGUUUGGUGUACGACAGUGGCAUGAAUGCGUUUAUGCUUGUCUUGUGAAAUUCUUAAAAUUGACAGGAUGAAAUAAAAAUGAAUAUUUAUUGGA